AUGUCUUUCUCAAUGUCAGACUUGAAUGCUUCACAGCUAAAUCAGGUUGGUGCUGCUCUGUCCAGACCUGAUGAGUUGGGUAACACCUCUGAUGUUGAAAUGAAUUGGGCUAUGAAAGCUAUGGAUCACGCAACUGUCCACUACAAUGUAAGUAUGCAGGAAAUUCCUUUUCAAGU